AAAUCUUGCAUUUAGUUUUCCCAUAUUCGUUGUAUCAACCGUUUGUAUGAUAACAGCUCAGCGAUUUGUUAAAGUGUUAAUCAGGGGCAUGGCUACUGAUAAACGAGGAGUUUUGCUUUCCGGCACUGAAUUAUCAAAGGAAAUUCGAGAAUCUUUGACUAAAGAUGUCGCAGAACUCAAAUCGAAAUUACCCGAUUUUACACCCGGUCUUGCGAUUGUGCAAGUUGGAGGAAGGGAAGAUUCCAAUGUUUAUAUUCGAAUGAAGAUUAAAGCUGCAGCGGAAAUUGGAAUUAAGACAACUCAUCUGAAAUUGCCAAACACAACCACAGAAACCGAAUUGCUCAAUAAACUCAACCAUUUGAACAAUGAUCCCAACACUCAUGGAAUUAUUGUUCAAAUGCCGUUAGACAGUGUCAACAAGAUAAAUUCUCAUCUAAUUACAGAUACUGUAUCGCCUGAUAAGGAUGUUGAUGGACUUAACACAAUAAAUGAAGGCCGUGUUGCUAUUGGUGAUAUGACUGGAUUUUUGCCUUGCACGCCAAAUGGAUGUAUCGAACUUAUUAAAAAAAGUGGAGUUCCAUUUACAGGCGCUCAAGCCGUUGUUUUGGGAAGAAGUAAAAUUGUCGGGACUCCAGUAGCAGAAUUAUUAAAAUGGCAAAAUGCUACAGUAACAGUUUGCCAUUCGAAAACAAAAGAUCUUCCCAAAGUGGUUUCUCAAGCUGACAUUUUAGUCGUCGGUAUUGGACAACCAGAAUUGGUUAAAGGCUCUUGGAUCAAACCAGGAGCGGUUGUCAUAGAUUGUGGAAUCAAUUCCAUCCCAGAUUCCACCAAAAAAUCUGGAAGUCGUCUCGUGGGUGACGUAGCCUUCCAGGAGGCAGUGCAAGUGGCAUCUUUCAUCACGCCAGUUCCAGGAGGAGUUGGACCUAUGACUGUAGCCAUGUUAAUGAAAAACACAGUUAUAUCUGCUCAAAGAACAGCUUCACAGCUACUCACCAAUGAGUGGAAGUUAAGAACUUUAAAAUUAAAAAUAGAAAGACCCGUGCCCAGCGAUAUUUCAAUUUCGAGAAGCCAGGAACCAAAAGCAAUUACCCAGCUGGCGGAAGAGAUAGGAAUUUUGCCAGGUGAAGUGAUUCCUUAUGGUAGCAAGAAAGCUAAAGUGAGUCUUAAAGUUCUCCAGAGGCUGCAAAAUCAACAAAAUGGAAAAUAUGUCGUGGUAGCUGGAAUUACACCCACUCCUCUAGGAGAAGGCAAAAGUACAACGACUUUGGGUCUAGUUCAAGCUCUGUCAGCUCAUAAGGGCAAAAAUUCUUUUGCUACCUUGAGACAACCGAGUCAGGGGCCCACCUUCGGAGUUAAGGGGGGCGCAGCUGGUGGUGGAUAUUCACAGGUUAUACCCAUGGAAGAAUUUAAUCUUCAUCUCACUGGUGAUAUUCACGCAAUAAGUGCAGCUAACAACCUUCUCGCUGCUCAAGUAGAUGCUCGUUAUUUCCACGAAUCUACACAAACGGAUAAAGCAUUGUUUGACAGAUUGGUGCCCACUGUAAAAGGAGCUCGAAAGUUUUCGAAAAUUCAACUGCGAAGAUUAGAGAAACUUGGAAUUACGAAAACAGAUCCUAGCUCCCUGACAGAAGAAGAAAAAAGUAGAUUCGUCAGACUAGAUGUCGAUCCCGAGAAUAUCACUUGGACGAGAGUCGUUGACAUAAACGACCGAAUGUUAAGAAAAAUCACAAUUGGACAAGGACCUGCAGAAAAAGGUCGGAUUAGAGAAACUUCUUUCCGCAUUUCUGUUGGUUCCGAAAUUAUGGCAGUUCUUGCUUUAUCCACUAACGUCGAUGAUUUGAAAACGAGGCUUGGAAAUAUUGUCGUUGGAUUCAGUAAGAGUGGCGUUCCUCUAACUGCGGAAGAUUUUGGUAUGACUGGAGCAAUGGCAAUAUUAUUGAAAGAUGCGAUCGAGCCAACCCUAAUGCAAAGUGUGGAAGGAACUCCAGUGAUGGUCCAUUGUGGACCUUUUGCAAAUAUCGCUCAUGGAUGCUCGUCCAUCAUCGCAGAUGCCAUCGCCUUGAAACUUGUUGGUCCCGACGGUAUUGUUGUGACGGAAGCGGGCUUCGGAUCCGAUAUUGGUAUGGAAAAGUUCUUCAACAUCAAGUGUCGAACCUCCGGCCACAUACCAGAUGCAGUCGUCCUGGUAGCAACUAUCCGAGCUCUCAAAAUGCAUGGUGGUGGCCCUCCUGUUACACCAGGCGCCGUUCUUCAGAAAGAGUAUAUUGAGGAAAAUCUUGAACUGCUCCGUAGAGGUCUUCCAAAUCUGCAGAAGCAUAUAAGCAAUGGAAACAAAUUUGGAGUCCCUGUUGUCGUGGCCAUCAACAGUUUUGAAUCGGAUACGCAAGCUGAGUUAGAAUUAGUAAAAGAAGCAGCGAUCGCCAGUGGAGCCGCAGACGCAGUAAUUUGUACACAUUGGGCCGAUGGUGGACCUGGUGCCGUGGAUCUCGCAGAUGCAGUCGUUGCAGCUACGAAAAAACCAAGUAACUUUAAAUUUCUCUACGACGUCAACUCCGGCAUCGUCGAAAAAAUAAACACCAUCGCGAAAGAAAUGUAUGGUGCAGGCGAAGUCAUUUUAGCAGAUAAGGUGAAGCAAAAAAUUGCUGAAUAUGAGAAAUUAGGAUACAAAAAAUUACCUCUGUGCAUGGCCAAAACCGCUAAUUCCCUGACUGGUGAUGCUAAUAUCAAGGGAGCACCGACUGGAUUCAAAAUCGAAAUCUCGGACAUUUUUGUCUCGGUUGGUGCAGGUUUCAUCGUUCCAAUGGUUGGAGAAAUUAUGAUGAUGCCGGGAUUAUCUACCAGGCCGUGUGUAUAUGACAUGGAUUGGAACAGUGAGACAGAUGAAAUAGAAGGAUUGUUUUAAACAAUCAGUGUUGACGAAAAACUCAAAUAACAUUAGAAAUAACGAAAUUAUUCUCUUAGCACUAUCAAUUCCACUCUACGUAAAAGACCAUUCCUCAAGAGAUUGUUACAUUUUGUAUUAUUUUAUUACUGUUAUAAUAAAUCUGAAUCAUAUUGCU